AUGGCCACCGCGGUAAUCCAGCUCGACAAGCCGCACAGUCAUUUCACGAAUCUAGACCACAUCACUGGGAAGAUUGUCUUGAAGCUGGGAUCGGAAACCUCGAUCAGUGCCAUACACGUCAAACUUGAGGGUGAGAGUCGCACGCGGCUCUCGCGCCCACGAGAUGAGCGGGACAAGAGGAGAAACGAGCUGGAGGUUCACAAGAUUCUUUACAGAGUGAAUUCUGUCUUUCCAAGGCCAGAUGUCGCCCAGCAUAGCUCGCCAAAUGCCGCAUUUACGUUUGCGCCGGGCGUAUACCAGUAUCCGUUCCAGUUCAAGUUUCCCUUCAACAACGCUUGCAACGAACACAACUCGAUGAUGACCAAUCUCAGUAUGAUCGGUCUGCGCGUCGAAGUUGCGCGAGAUUCCACUAUACACGUCAAGAAGACACUACCCCCGUCGCUAAACAAUUUUCCUGGAGAAGCAGAUAUCAGAUACUAUAUCAAGGCUACUGUAGUCCGUCCUCAGUUCUUCAAAGAAAAUAUUCGAACGAUUGCCGGCUUCAACUUUCUUCCCAUUGAACCCCCAAGAAAUGGGAAUCCCAACGAAGAAACGUAUGCGAGGCGACAGCAAGAAUUUGCAAAACAACAUAUGCCAGUGAGCCACAAGGCAAGCGGGCUCUUUCGCAAACAGUCAAUACCUGUAAUGUCACCGGUUUCCGGAGAAGCGCCACCACGCGUCUCAGUCGAUGCUCGCCUACCUAACCCUCCGAUUCUCACAUGCAAUGAGCCUAUUCCUCUACGACUACUUGUCACCAAACAAUCUCCCAAUCCUGCCAUGGUCUACCUACAGUUGAUACAGAUUGAAUUGAUCAGCUAUACUCGAAUUCGGGCCCACGACCUCGCGAGGACAGAGGCUCUGAGUACGUUGAUACUCAGUCGUAGCAACAUGAACAUCGCCAUCGGACGAGGCACGGAUCCCGUAGGCAAGGAGUGGAAAAUCGAUCCAAGCAUGUGGAAUCAACUCCCAAUCCCACCUGUUGUUGCGCCGUCAUUUGAGACAUGCAAUAUCAGUAGGAAUUACGAGCUGGAGGUGCGAGUCGGCUUGACCCAUGGCUCUGUGGGGAACAUGAUGUCCCAAGUUUUAGUUCUACCUUUACGGCUUAGCGUGAAGAUAUACUCUGGAAUUCGGCCACCGCCAGCCCUCUUAGAAGCCAUGGCGGCCGAUAAGAAGGUUAGAGACAGUCGCCCUCAGAGACCUUCUAAACCGAUAGAGGAAAACCCUCCACCGCAACCACCGCGGCCAUCGAACCCACAGGGCCCUACGCCAGAAAUAGACGGGGAGUUUGGUGACGAUGCCCCUCCAAGCUACGAGGAUGCAAUGGCCGAGCAUAUCGACCCCAUCGAUGGUCCACGAGGCGAGUAUCAGACUCCAGCACCGUCACAACAGGAAAGGAACAUUUCAAACAUAGCCACCGACGCCAAGACUCCGGUAGACUCUCAAAGCAGCCAAGGGGGCGGGGUGUAUACCACCAGUUCACUAUCUCAAAGCUCGUCCGAGUCUCUCGAUAUGCUCCCUCAAACACCCCGCUCACGUCGGGGGUCUUUUGCGGAAAGCCUCUUGGAAGACACGGGGAAAGCAACCACCGUUGUGUCCAGUACGCAGCAAAACACAAUCCCCGAAGAAAGCCAGCAACCGCCACCAAGCUCACAAACUCAACCAGGGCCUUCGCAGCAACGCUCUCGAAAUUUCAGUACAGGCGUGCCCAAUCGACGGCCUGUGCCGGGUUCUUCGCAACCAAGCUAG